AUGGUUCAAACCUCGACCCUCGUGACGGCGUCCGUCGCCACCGCGGCCACUGCAUUCGUCGCCUACGCCAUCUACUUCGACUUCCGCCGCCGCAGCCAGAGCGAGUUCCGCCGCGACCUGAGACGCAACGAGCGUAUGCAGGCCCGCGCCAAGGCCAAGGCCGAGAAGGAGGAGGCCGAGGCUUCCUCGCAAAACCUGCGCGCCACCGUCAAGACCCGAGUGGACGAGGCCAAGGAGGAGGGCUUCCCCAUGGGCGUCGAGGAGCGCGAGGCCUACUUCAGCGAGCAGAUCAUGGCCGCCGAGGUCAUGAGCGCCGAUCCUUCCAAAGCCAUUGACUCGGCUCUCGCCUUCUACAGGGGCCUCAAGGUCUACCCCAACCCCGGUGACCUGAUCAAGAUCUACGACAGCACUGUUCCCAAGCCUAUAUUGGACAUCCUCGCCGAGAUGAUCGCAUACGACUCCAGCCUCGACAUCCGCUCAGUGCCCUCCGGUGGUGCCCCCGGCGGCGGCAUCAACCUGGGCGACAUCCCCAACGUCGGCCUCGACUAA